AGAAGAAGAAGAAGGACCUCAGCCUGAAACCACAGUAGCAACGCCGCUUCAACAUGGCGUUAAAGUCCGGAGAGGAGCGCCUCAAAGAGAUGGAGGCUGAAAUGGCUCUUUUUGAGCAAGAAGUCCUCGGCGGCCCGGUGUCGGUGGGCGGAGCCCCAGCGGUCAUGGAGGCGGUGCCUGUGGCUCUGGCGGUCCCGGUGGUUCGCCCCAUUAUAGGCACCAACACUUACAGACAGGUUCAGCAGACUUUAGAAGCGAGAGCUGCCAGUUUUGUUGGUCCUCCACCUCCAGCCUUCGUGGGACCAGUUCCUCCGGUCCGUCCUCCGCCUCCCAUGAUGAGACCGGCCUUCAUCCCCCACAUCCUGCAGAGACCUGGUGGUCAGAGGCUGCAGAUGAUGCGUGGUCCUCCAAUAGCACCACCUCUGCCACGGCCGCCGCCUCCACCCCCCAUGAUGCUGCCUCCUUCCCUGCAUACCCAGAUCACCCAAGGCCCUUCUCAGCCUAUCCAGCACAUGUCUGCAGCUCCUCAGAUUGGUGAAAUGGCCUCCAUGAUGCCAGCACAGCCUGCCAGACAGGGGGGCCUCCCGCCCAUCAAGCCCACCCCCUCGGUCAUCCAGGCCGCCCCCACCGUGUACUCUGCUCCUCCUGCUCCGGCCGGACCCAAGAAGAGCGACGUCCGAGCUCAGCAGCAAGCCAGAAGGGAGGAGCUGGCAGCUCGGGUGGCGCUGCAGCAGGCGACCGUCAUGGCUGCAGGUCUUCUUGAUAAGAAGGAGAGUGAAGACAGCGGCGUGGUCAUCGGACCCAGCAUGCCCGAGCCCGAGCCGGCUCACCCUGAGCCUGUGGAAAGUGUGACAGAAGACAAGAAGAAGUCAAAAGUUGAGAAGGUGAAGAAGUGUAUCCGCACAGCAGCAGGGACGAGCUGGGAGGACCCCAGUCUGCUGGAGUGGGAGUCAGAUGACUUCCGUAUUUUCUGUGGGGAUCUGGGUAAUGAGGUGAAUGACGACAUCCUGGCCCGCGCCUUCAGCAGAUACCCGUCGUUUCUCAAAGCAAAGGUCGUCAGAGAUAAGCGCACAGGAAAAACUAAAGGCUACGGAUUCGUCAGCUUUAAAGAUCCAAACGACUACGUCCGAGCCAUGAGAGAGAUGAACGGGAAGUACGUCGGCAGCCGUCCCAUCAAGCUGAGGAAGAGCAUGUGGAAGGACCGGAACAUCGAAGUGGUUCGCAAAAAGCAGAAAGAGAAAAAGAAGCUGGGCCUCAGAUAGUAUUGAGACAUGCGUAGUGUUUACUGGACCCUUCUGUUCACCUUCACACUUUUUCUUUCUUAUCCCAAUAAAAGCUGAUUUUUUUAA